GCACUACACCCAACUUAGACCAACCUCCACUUUCUCUACCAAACUAUGGAGACAGCUGUUCGUAAGGCAACGAGGCUGGACUACCAGGCCCCGAAGCAGAAGCAUCUUCAACACCUCAUCAGCCUGACACAUUCGAGCAACUUAAAUAUGAAAGAUUUAUUUGAAAUGUUACAGCGUCGAAUACGUGAAAAUUCUUGGAUUAUUGUUUUCAAAGCACUUAUAACGGUCCAUACCUUGAUGCGAGAAGGGAGCGGGGACAAAAUCAUUGUAUUUGUUGAGCAACAUCCAACGAUUUUGGACGUUUCUCGGUUGAAGGAAAAGGGCGGUGCCGGAGAGCAUGUUCGAAACAUACGGGAGUAUAGCGCCUACUUGGAAGAAAAGGUGUUGGCAUACCGGGAUCUUCACGUUGACUACGUAAAAGCUACAGCAAACGGCAAAAGUGGACGGUUGCGGAGACUUCCAGUUUCCCAAGGACUGUUGAGAGAAACAUCAGUUUUGCAACGACAGAUUGCUGGAUUGUUGAAGUGCCAGUUCUCUCUUGACCAAAUCGAUAAUGAAAUAACCUUGCAAGCAUUUAAGCUGUUGGUGGAGGACCUUCUCGUGCUAUUUCAAGCCGUAAAUGAAGGCGUCAUCAACAUAUUAGAACAUUAUUUUGCCAUGUCAAAACCAGAUGCUCGAGAAUCGUUGGAGAUAUACAAGAGAUUCGCUAAGCAAACUGAAGCUGUUAUCGACUACUUGUCGAUGGCUAAAAGACUUCAACGCGACCUUCAGAUCGAGAUACCCAUUGGAAAACACGCCCCAUUGUCUCUUGCAACAGCACUAGAAGAGUAUCUAUUGGAUCCUGAUUAUGAAACACAACGAGAAUCGGCUGAGAAGGGAAAAUCGGCUGCCUCGAAUGGUGGAAAGGAUACUACUACCACGACGACAUCCGGACCCAGCAAUGGCUCCACUUCCGCACCUUCUCAGCCCAAGGAACUGAUCGAUUUCUUCACCAGCAUUGAGAAUGAAAGCGCAACUUUAUUCAAAGAUCCUAACAGUAAUGCUACAUUUAUUUCAACACAACCGACUGGGGUUAUGUCGAACCCCACUGGCGUAAUGACAAACUCCACCGGCUUAAUGCCAAAUCCUAGCUUUGGCAACCCUCCCCAGCUCAAUGCCGUCUCACCUCAACAAACUGGUAAUCCAUUUCGUUCAUCGACUAUGCCAAUGAGGUCACAGAGCACAGGGAUGUCACCCUCAACAGGCUUUGGAACAAUGGGUUCUUUACAACCUCAAAUGACAGGAUUGCCCUCACCCUCCCUAUCAUCACCCAAUCCCAAUAAUGCCAAUCCCUUCCGUGCAAGUACCAUGAGCUUCCCUGUCAGCUCUCCUUACGCAAAUAAUAGUGUUCAAGCUCCUCAGAACACAGCAUUCACUGGUAUGAGCUCACCAUUAGGGCCCCAGAUGACAGGGUUACAAGCUCAAACCACUGGGAUGUCAACCUUGAAUACACCAAUGCAAUCCAUGCAAGGCACUGGUAUGAUGAAUUUACAAACUCAAACGCCUAUGUUUACUGGAGCCAAUAGCAUGUCACCAAGAAUGUCCUUCAAUCCAUAUAUGCAACAGCAACAGCAACAAUCCUUUGUGCAAUCUCCAAUGAAUAAUAAUGUGAACCCCUUUGCUGCCAACAUGGCGCAACAGCAACAAAUGACUGGACAGACAAACAAUCCAAAUAACUUCCAGCAGUGGACACCUACAUUCUAAUGGAUAAACUAUGAAGGACGAUGUAUAAUUUCAUGAAACAAAAAAGUGUAAGGAUUUAAUGGAAAUAAAGCAUUUGAAUUAAGCCGUUAAACAGCAACAGG